GAGUGAUGCGGCUGCGGAGGCGCGCAGGGCUCAAGAGCGCGCAUUGUGCUCGGUGCUCGGUUGUCUGCGCUGCGUCGUGGUCGCUCUCGGCAGCAGUUACCUGGAGGGGGAGCGAGCGAGAGAGACGGGGCUGCGGAACGAGUCUCCUCUAGGGAUGCUUACAAGCAGGACUCGGUGAGACGGUGAGGGAUGGCGGCUUGGGGCCCCCCGGGAUUGGGUGUCCGGAUCACCCGGGGGCUGCUGGCGGUCUCCAUCUAUUUCAUUCUCGGGCAGGAGCCGGCUGGAGCUGCAAAGACUGCAGGCUCAGCUUUCAGGACAUUCACCCCCUUCUACUUUCUGACAGAACCGGCAGACAUCGUAACACUACGUGGAACUCCUGCCGUAUUAAACUGUUCUGUGUAUGCUGAGCCAGCAGCAAAAAUCGAAUGGAAAAAAGAUGGGACUUUUCUUAAUUUAGUAUCGGAUGAUCGACGAAGACUACUUCCAGAGGGGUCUUUGCUCCUCACAAGUGUGGUGCAUUCAAAGCACAACAAGCCAGAUGAGGGCUUCUAUCAAUGUGUGGCAACGGUGGAUAGUUUAGGCAGUAUUGUCAGCCGUACAGCACGACUUUCUGUUGCAGGCCUUCCCAGAUUUGCCAGCCAGCCAGAUGCCUCUUCUGUAUAUGUUGGAGAUACUUUUGUAUUAAGCUGUGAUAUCAGCCCCGAACUUGUCCCAUUCGUUCAUUGGGAGCAAAACCGCUCACAGAGAGAGUUAGACGACAGAGUCUCUAUACUAUCUAAUGGCAGCCUUGUUGUAAGCAAUGCCAACGAGAGUGAUGUUGGUCUGUAUCGAUGUGGCGUUGGUAGCGGAGCAGCUUUGAAGUACAGUGAAGAAGCAGAGGUCAAAAUACUAGACGAAGGUGAAGAGAAUCGUCCUUUAAUAUUUUUACGUCAGCCUUCCACUUUGACAAGUGUUGUUGGACAGACAGUAGUCUUUCCCUGCGUUGUAUCUGGUUACCCCAUCCCCAGUGUCAUAUGGAGUCGGAGUCAUAAUCAAGAAAUCAUUUUUGGAAGUUCAGACAGAUUGGCAUUGUUGGCGGGAGGCAGCCUGCAGAUCAUCAAUGUCACAGAGGAAGAUGCUGGGAUCUAUACAUGUACGGCAGAUAAUGGGAACCAAACUAUCCAUGCCCAGGCAGAGCUUUCUUUACAAGUGCCUCCUGUGUUUUAUGUUAAGCCAUCUAAUACACAUGCUCAUGAAUCCAUGGACAUUGUGUUUGAGUGUGAAGUUAGAGGAAAACCUGCUCCAACAGUCAAAUGGGUGAAGAACGGAGAUGUGGUCAUCCCUAGUGACUAUUUCAAAAUAGUGGACGAUCAUAAUCUUCAGGUUCUUGGUCUAGUGCGCUCAGAUGAGGGAUUUUAUCAGUGUAUAGCUGAGAAUGAGGUGGGAAAUACACAGGCUGCAGCACAGCUAAUUAUCGUAGAACCUGGUGUAACCGUCCCUACCUCUCCUGCCCCCUCACUGACCCGUGCCACUGCUCACCAUGUAGCUGCCACACCAGGAGGUCCCCUUCCGUCAUCCCCGCGGGAUGUUGUGGCCUCUUUGGUGUCAACCCGCUUCAUCAAGUUGACGUGGCGUGUUCCUGCUGAUACUCAUGGAGAAAAUCUCACCUACCAAGUAUAUUACAGCAAAGAAGGAUUGAACAGGGAGCGUGUAGAGAACACCAGCCGACCGGGAGAACUGCAGGUCACCAUCCUAAACCUAUUGCCAGAAACCGUCUAUUACUUCCGUGUUGUGGCUCAUAAUAAUUAUGGUGUUGGCGAAAGUUCCCCCCCUCUGAAGGUGGAGACACAACCUGAGGUUCAAGUUCCUGGUCCAGCCCCAAAUCUUCGAGCUACAGCAGUCUCCCCUACUUCCGUUAGUGUCAGCUGGGAAACGCCGCUUUCUGGAAAUGGAGAAAUUCAGAACUAUAAACUUUAUUAUAUGGAGAAAGGAGCAGGAAACGAGCAGGAUCUUGAUAUUGCAGGGCUUUCAUAUACUGUAAAUGGACUAAAGAAAUACAUGGACUAUACGUUUCGGGUGGUAGCAUUUAAUAAACAUGGGCCUGGAGUAUCAACACAAGAUGUUAUAGCCAAGACUCUGUCAGAUGUGCCCAGUGCUGCUCCUCAGAACCUUACCCUGGAAGUGCGCAGCUCACAGAGUAUUUUGGUGCAGUGGCAACCUCCUCCUGCAGGAACCCAGAAUGGUCAGAUUGUCGGGUAUAAAUUGCGUUAUCGCAAGACUGCAAGGAAGAUUGAAACAAAUGAGAUCCUGGUAGAUACCCAGCUGUCACAGCUUGUCAAUGGGCUUGAUCGUGACACCGAAUAUAGCUUCCGGGUUGUGGCCAUAACUGUAAAUGGCAGUGGACCAGCUACUGAGUGGGUUUCUGCAGAGACUUUUGAAAAUGAUCUUGAUGAGUCCCGUGUUCCGGAUGUGCCAAGUUCUCUCCAUGUGCGUCCAUUGGUGACCAGUAUUGUUGUAAGUUGGACACCCCCAGAAAAUCAGCAUCAAGUGGUUGUCCGUGGGUAUGCUAUAGGUUAUGGUCUCGGGAGCCCUCAUGCACAGACAGUCCGCGUUGACCAUAAGCAGCGAUACUACACCAUUGAAAACUUGGAGCCCAGCUCACAUUAUGUCAUCUCCCUAAAAGCCUUUAAUAAUGUGGGAGAAGGUAUACCUUUAUAUGAAAGUGCCGUUACCCGCCAGCAUACAGACACUUCUGAGGUUGAUGUUUAUGUUGUUCAUGCCUCAUACACCCCAGUUCCAGAGCCUACUCCCAUGAUGCCCCCUGUGGGGGUCCAAGCUGCUAUCCUCAGCAGUGAUACAGUGCGCCUUACCUGGGCUGACAACUCCCUUCCUAAGAACCAGAAGAUCACAGAUGCCAGAUACUACACAGCAAGGUGGAAAACUAAUAUUCCUGCUAAUACAAAGUACAAGAUGGCCAACAGCACCACGCUAAGUUACCUAGUCACUGGUUUGAAGUCAAAUACAUUGUAUGAAUUUUCAGUUAUGGUAACUAAAGGCCGACGGUCAAGUACAUGGAGCAUGACUGCUCAUGGAACUACCUUUGAGUCAGUGCCAUCUUCACCUCCUAAGGACGUGACUGUGGUAAGCAAAGAAGGAAAACCACGUACCAUAAUUGUGAACUGGCAGCCCCCAUCUGAAGCCAAUGGCAAAAUUACCGGUUAUAUAAUAUAUUAUAGCACAGAUGUUCAAGCAGAGCUUCAUGACUGGGUUAUAGAGCCAGUUGUUGGAAACCGUUUGACACACCAAAUACAAGAGUUGACACUGGACACUCCUUACUAUUUCAAGAUCCAGGCCCGAAACUCAAAAGGAAUGGGACCCAUGUCAGAAGCUGUUCCAUUUCGCACUCCAAAAGCAUCAGGUGUAACUGGAAAAGGAAGCCGCUCUCCAGAUUCAGGAGCAAAUGGUGGUCCUCCACCUGGAGGCAGUAAUAGUCCUCAUGGGAGUCCCACCUCCCUAGAUCAGAACAUGCUUCUCACUAUCAUAGUGUCUCUUGGAGUUAUAACAGUCUUGGUGGCUGUGGUCAUUGCAGCGAUCUGCUCUCGUCGCUCCAGCUCCCAUCAUAAAAAAAAACGUGCUGCAUGUAAAUCAGUGAAUGGAUCCCAUAAAUACAAGGGUAAUUCUAAGGAUGUAAAGCCCCCCGACCUUUGGAUUCAUCAUGAAAGACUGGAGCUAAAACCAGUGGAUAAAUCCCCAGAGACCAACCCAAUGCUAACGGACAGCACCCUUCCUCGAUCACCACAGGAUCUGACCCCUGGAGACAGCACCACAGAAGGCAGCAUCCACCAGCACAGCAAUUCCUACCGAGGCCUGGAAUCUGAGGAUUCUGUAUCCUCACUUGCUGGACGUCGAGGGAUGAGACCUAAAAUAAUGAUGCCAUUUGACUCGCAACCUCCGCAACCGGUUGUCAGUGCCCAUCCCAUCCAUUCCAUCGAUAAUUCUCAUUUCCGUUCUGUACCUGGGUUCAUGCUGCACGUGCUGGGUGGUGCUCCUCAGGCUGCAGAGUCAGUCCGUCAUACUCCCAGCUGUGAUACAGUAGUAGCUGCAUCGUCCUCUUCACAGACUGGUCCUGAAGACCCAGAUCCUCCAGGAGGAAGUUUUCUGCCUGGUUCUUUGGAUGAGGAUGCCAGUUCCAGUAUUCCUACUGCACAUAUUAGGCCAUCUCAUCCUUUGAAGAGCUUUGCGGUGCCAGCUGUUCCAGUUCCAGCCCCUGGCUCAGCCUAUGAACCUCUGCCUAGCUCCCCCCUGUUGGCACAACAAGCUCCCUCUGCGCUCUCUGUGAAAACUGCAUCUCUUGGGACCCUGGGAAGGGUACGUCCUCCGCUUCCAGUUACUGUCCCCAGUGCCCCUGAACCACUAGAGACCAGCAGGAUGCUUGAGGGCUCAGAAUGUAGCUAUGAACCAGACGAGUUAAGCAAGGAGAUGGCUCACCUUGAAGGCCUGAUGAAGGAUCUGAACGCCAUAACCACAGCAUGAAUGAACAUAUCCCCACCACAGAGGCAAACUUGACACUGUAUAGACAGAGGCAGUUCAGCCCAUCAUGGGCUUUUAUGCCACAUGGAAAUGUACAGACAAAAAGCAAGUGGGGAUCCCAGACUGUUUCUGCCGUGGCAACCACCAAGGGCUGAGGCCUGAUAUUCUGUACCUUAUUUCCUCUGAUUUAUAAGAUUUUUGGGGGGUUUAUAUGAAACAAAAGAGAAAUUUUAUGUAAUCCAUGGAGGAAUAUUGUGUAUUGCCAUUGCUUUGGUUCUUUUUACCGCUGAUGGGUCAUCAACCUGUUGCUGUGGCUCAGUGUUACGCCCUACCUUGUGG